GUGUUCGAGGCCGUCAGCACCGGUCAGAGAGGAGUUCUGGCCAUCAAAGACAUCACACUGCAGGGACACCAGUGCAUGAGCACACCUCACUUCCUGCACAUUAAAGGCGUGGAGGUGAACGCGAGACAGACGGCGACGUUUCAUUGCACCAUCAACAGACAACCGCAGAGCAACCUGCUGCUGCACCUGCAGGGGAUGGGCGGUCGUCAGGCCGUCGUCAGGGAAACCAAGCCGAUGACCUCGCGGCGUUACGUGGCGAGCUUCGACGUGGAGAACACGACCAAGGGCGACUCCGGACGCUAUCGCUGCAUCGCCCAAUCAGAGCAAGGCGUGGGCGUGUCCUCCUACGCUGACCUCACAGUCAAACAGCCUCCCGUACCCAUCGCUCCUCCUCAGCUGACGGCGGUGGGCGCCACCUACCUGUGGAUCCAACUCAACGCCAACUCCAUCAACGGCGACGGACCAAUCAUAGAGAGAGAGGUGGAGUACCGGACGAUGUCGGGCAUGUUGAUUGACACCACACCUGUCGAUAAGCCCACCCACAAGAUCGGACACCUGGACCCCGACACCGAGUACGAGAUCAGCGUGCUGCUCACCCGGCCCCUGGAGGGAGGCACGGGAAACCCCGGCCCACCGCUCAGAGCCAGGACCAAGUGUGCAGAUCCGAUGCAUGGCCCGCGGCGUCUGGAGGUGGUCGACACUCAGUCCAAACAGGUGACAGUUCGAUGGGAACCGUUCGGCUACAACGUGACCCGCUGCCACAGCUACAACCUAACUGUGCAGUACCGCUACAGACCUGCAGGGGCCCCCACCAGGGAGCCGUUAAAGGAGGAGGUGCGGGAGGAGGUGGUGUACGACACGCUGAGCGCCAUGCCGCAGCACACUGUACGUAACCUUCCACCGUUCACCAACGUCAGCCUGAGACUCGUCCUCAGUAACCCCGAGGGACGCAAGGAGAGCGAGGAGCUGCUGGUGCUGACGGACGAGGACGUUCCCGGAGCGGUUCCGGUAGAUUCCAUCCUCGGCAGCAGCUACGAGGAGCAUAUCAGUCUGAGCUGGAGAGAACCGCUGCAGACCUACGGCCUCAUCCGACAGUACGAGAUCUCCUACAAAGCUCUGAGCUCCUUCGACACAGAGUUCGACCUGUCCAAUCAGAGCGGAAAGGUGUUCAAACCGGCCAAUGAGACGAGCCACGUGUUCACCGGCCUCUACCCAGGCUCCACCUACUCCUUCACUAUCAGAGCCUCCACCAUUAAAGGCUUCGGCCCUCCGGUCAUCACGCAGUUCACCACCAAGAUCUCAGCUCCGAAGAUGCCGCCGUACGAUCAGGAGUCUCCUCUCAACCAGACCGACUCCACCGUCACCGUCCUGCUGAAACCAGCACAGAGCCGCGGCGCUCCAGUCAGUAAGUACCAGGUGGUGGUGGAGGAGGAGCGCCCCCGCAGACAGAGGAGAGGUACUGCAGAGAUCCUGCGGUGUUAUCCGGUGCCCAUUCACUUCCAGAACGCCACGCUGCUCAACUCUCAGUAUUACUUCAGCGCAGAGCUGCCGAUGAGCGAGCUGAGAACGCCCAUGCCCUUCAGCGUCGGUGAUAACAGGACCUACAGCGGUUACUGGAACGCUCCUCUGCUGCCUCAUAAGAGUUACGGGAUCUACUACCAGGCUGUCAGCACUGCUAACGGGGAGACAAAGAUCGACUGUGUCCGCGUCGCCACUAAAGCUGCUAUAAUCGUCACGCAGCUCACCACGCCGUACAUUCGCGUCGCGCCAGCGGCUGGCGACAAGCAGCUACCAGGAGCUGCGACCAGGAAACCAGAACCGGAGCAGGAGAAACAGUCGGAUCACACGGUGAAGAUCGCUGGAGCCAUCGCAGGCAUCCUGCUCUUCAUCAUCAUCUUCCUCGGAGUCAUCCUGCUGAUGAAGAAACGACGGAGAAAUUAUCACUCCUACACUUACUACCUGAAGUUGGCGAAGAAAAGGAAGGAAACUCUGAGCUCCAGACAGGAAAUGACUCUGAUGGUCAACAACUCGCAGCACACGACGAUGGUGGACACGCACACGCACACGCACACGCUGAACGGACGCACUGUGUCGUCUCCGUCCUCCUUCACCCUGAAGACAAACACCAUCAGCACCACCGUCCCCAACUCCUACUACCCAGACGACAGUCAAACUAUGACCAGUGAAACCAGUAGUCUGGUCCAGUCCCACUAUAAGCAGCGGGAGUCAGAGCGGGAAGCGUUGCCCUAUCAGACAGGUCAGCUGCACCCGGCCAUCCGAGUGGCCGACCUGCUGCAGCACAUCACCCAGAUGAAAUGCGCCGAAGGCUACGGCUUCAAGGAGGAGUACGAGAGCUUUUUCGAGGGACAGUCCGCUCCGUGGGACUCAGCCAAGAAGGACGAGAACCGCAUGAAGAAUCGCUAUGGCAACAUCAUCGCCUACGAUCACUCUCGUGUGCGUCUGCAGCCUCAGGACGGAGAGAGCGGCUCCGACUACAUCAACGCCAACUACGUCGACGGCUACCACAGACCCAAUCACUACAUCGCUACUCAAGGUCCCAUGCAGGAAACGGUGUAUGAUUUCUGGCGGAUGGUUUGGCAGGAGAACACCGCCGCUAUCGUCAUGGUAACCAACCUGGUGGAGGUGGGGCGGGUUAAGUGUUGUAAGUACUGGCCAGACGACACAGAGAUCUACGGCGACAUGAAGGUGACGCUGAUCGAGACUCAGCUGCUGUCAGAGUACGUGAUCCGAACCUUCGCUGUGGAAAAGAGGGGCGUGGCAGAGAUCAGAGAGAUCCGGCAGUUUCAUUUCACAGGAUGGCCCGAUCACGGCGUGCCGCUUCACGCCACCGGCCUGCUGGGCUUCAUCCGCCGCGUCAAGGCCAAAACCCCGCCAACCGCCGGCCCCACCGUGGUCCACUGCAGUGCGGGGGCGGGGCGUACAGGUUGUUUCAUAGUGAUUGACAUCAUGCUGGACAUGGCGGAGAGAGAAGGCGUCGUCGACAUCUACAACUGCGUCCGAGAGCUGAGAGCACGAAGGGUUAACAUGGUCCAGACCGAGGAGCAGUACGUCUUCAUCCAUGACGCCAUCUUGGAGGCGUGUCUCUGUGGCGACACAGCGAUUCCAGCCAAUCAGCUGCGGUCGGUUUACUACGAGAUGAACCGAUUGGAUCCUCAGACCAACUCCAGUCAGAUCAAAGAGGAGUUCAGGACUCUGAACAUGGUGACGCCCACGCUGCGGGUGGAGGACUGCAGCAUCGCUCUGUUGCCUAGAAACCAUGAGAAGAACCGCUGCAUGGACGUCCUGCCUCCGGACCGCUGCCUGCCGUUCCUCAUCACCAUCGACGGCGAGAGCUCCAACUACAUCAACGCCGCGCUGAUGGACAGCUACAAGCAGCCGUCAGCGUUCAUCGUCACCCAGCAUCCUUUGCCCAACACGGUGAAGGACUUCUGGCGCCUCGUCCUCGACUACCACUGUACGUCCAUCGUCAUGCUGAACGACGUCGACCCGGCACAGCUGUGUCCUCAGUACUGGCCGGAGAACGGCCUCCAUCGUCUGGGCUCCCUGCAGGUGGAGUUUGUGUCUGCAGACCUGGAGGAGGACGUCAUCAGCCGCAUCUUCAGGAUCUACAACACAGCCAGGCCACAGGAUGGGUAUCGCAUGGUGCAGCAGUUCCAGUUCCUGGGCUGGCCGAUGUACCGGGACACGCCCGUCUCCAAGCGCUCCUUCCUCAAACUGGUUCACCAGGUGGACAAAUGGCAGGAGGAGUAUGACGGCGGGGAGGGGCGCACGGUGGUGCACUGCCUGAACGGAGGCGGUCGCAGCGGCGUGUUCUGCAGUAUCAGUAUCGUGUGUGAGAUGCUGCGACAGCAGCGCUGCGUCGAUGUUUUCCACGCUGUCAAAACGCUGAGGAACAACAAACCAAACAUGGUGGACCUGCUGGAUCAGUAUAAGUUCUGUUAUGAAGUCGCUCUGGAGUAUCUCAACUCUGCUUAGCCUCCUUCAUCCUCCUCCUCCUCCUCCUCCUCCUCCUCCUCCUCCCAGUGAUGAUGAUGCUGCACACAGUCUGACAGGAGGAGAAGAAGAAGAAGAGGACGACUACUGACUGAAGAUGAAGAUGAGGAGGAGGAGGAUGUUUUUGCACUGCCUUGUUUGACUGAACUGACUAACUGCAAGCAUGAUAACACACACUCACACACUCCCCCUGCUGGCCAGUGUGUGAACACACACACACACACACACACACACACACACACACUCACACUCACACUCACACACUCCCCCUGCUGGCCAGUGUGUGAAGUCACCAUGUGUCACUUUGUUGUGUUGAAUCUGUGCUUUUAUUGUUCUGUCGCGUUGACGAGCUGAAACUAGCAGAACCAAAACGACACGAAGAGAGAAACUUCAGCACGUUUGGUUUUUGUUUUUCACGUCAGAGUGGAGCAUCUUGAUCAGCUGACAGACUCACAGGAUCUACCUGAACUGAUCUGUGUCCAUAAGAUAAAUCCAAAAAGAUCCUGAUGCACAUGAACUUCAGUCACUUCCUGUAGAGACUUUCUCUUCAUGUCAGUAAAGACACAAAUCCUCUCAAAGAGCAUGAUGGGAGAUAAAAUCCGUCCACAGCAGGAUGAUGAUUAUUAUUAUGAUUAUUAUAACAACUUCAGUUUAAGACCCUCACAAAGUGUCGGUGAUCAGUUAUACAAUCGAUAUGGAAUCAAUGUGUUUCCUGUUGUCAGGGUGAUGUCAGAUUUAAAGUGACGACGUCACAUCUGAUUGGUUUGUGAGCAACAUGAUGUGAGAGCUCAAAAUUAUCGUCAGGUUUAAUUUCAAUUUGUUUCUCAACAGGAAUCUUACCAAUAAUACUUCAUUUACAGUAUGAAGUAAAAACGAAUGCCAAAACUUUUCUGUUUCCCGCUUCUCAACUUAUAUACAUAUAUAUAUAUAUACA